AGUGCAGAGCAGGGGGGACCAGCAGCGGCGGCAUCUCUCAGUUAAACAGCACCGGGCUGAUCAGAGAGAAGCAACGGGGUCAGCUGCGGCUUCAACUUUGGACCAUUCAGACACUUCUGGACGCUGCUGCAAUGCUGCUGCAGGGAGGACACGCUGCUGCUUCUCUGGCACUCAUAUUUUAUUUCUCUGUUCUGGAGCAAACUGUGGUGCUCGCCUUCAAUCUUGACACCAGUCAUGUCAUCAGGAAAAACGGGGAACCGGGGAGUCUGUUUGGGUUCUCUCUCGCCAUGCACCGGCAGCUCAACCCGGACAAAAGAAUGCUGUUAAUUGGUGCGCCCAGAGCCCGAGCUUUGGGAAAACAGACCGCCAACGUCACAGGAGGUCUUUAUAAAUGUGAAAUCACCCAGAGCAAUGACUGUGAGCGCAUUGUAUUUGAUAAUGAAGAGAACGUCCGAGUUGAGAAUAAGGAGAAUCAGUGGAUGGGGGUGACGGUUCAGAGUCAGGGACCUGGAGGAAAGAUUGUGACCUGUGCUCAUCGCUAUCAGAGGCGCCUGUUUGUAAACACACCUCAGGAGUCCAGGGACAUCACCGGGCGCUGUUACGUCCUGAGUCAGGACCUGACCAUCGACAGUUCCUCUGAUGAGGACGGAGGAAACUGGAACUUCUGUGAAGGCAGAUCCAGGGGACAUGAGAUGUUUGGAUCUUGCCAGCAGGGUUUGGCUGCCACAUUCACCAAAGAUUACCACUAUGUAGUGUUUGGAGCACCAGGAGCUUACAACUGGAAAGGUAUUGUUCGAGUGGAGCAGAAGAACAACACUUUGCUGGAGAUGGGAGUAUACGAUGACGGCCCGUAUGAAGUUGGGGAUGAGCAACUCUUGAACCCUGAGCUAGUGCCUCUACCUGCUAACAGCUACCUUGGAUUUUCUCUUGAUUCGGGGCACAGAAUCACAAAGAGUCGUGACUUGACGGUGGUGGCAGGAGCACCCAGAGCCAAUCACAGCGGGGCCGUGGUCCUGUUGAGGAAAGAGAAUGAAGCCUCAGGAAGGCUUUUGGUGGAGCACACUCUGCAGGGACCCGGACUGGCAUCCUCCUUUGGAUACGAUUUGGCUGUGGUCGAUCUGAACGGUGAUGGGUGGCAGGACAUAGUUGUAGGAGCGCCUCAAUUUUACAUGAAGGACAGAGACAUUGGAGGAGCUGUUUACGUUUACAUCAACCAGGCAGGAAGGUGGAAUAGAGUCACUCCUGUUCGUCUUAAUGGGACCAAAGACUCCAUGUUCGGACUGGCAGUGGAGAACAUCGGAGACAUAAAUCAAGACUCAUUUGAAGACAUUGCUGUUGGAGCUCCUUAUGAAGAGGGUGGGGCAGGAAAAGUUUACAUUUAUCAUGGGUCUGCACAGGGAAUCAAAACCAUCCCAGCACAGAUCCUUUCAGGAAAGCAGCACAACAUGAAGCUCUUUGGAUAUUCUCUGGCUGGGGACAUGGACUUGGACAGUAACUCUUAUCCUGAUCUAGCUGUGGGCUCUCUUUCUGACUCAGCUUUCAUUUACAGGGCACGGCCAGUCAUCAGCAUCAGGAGGGAUGUCAAAAUAUCUCCACAGGAAAUUGACCUCACAAUCAAAACCUGUGGUAACAGCAUUUGCUUCACAGUGGAUGCAUGCUUCUCCUACACAGCAAACACUGCUUCCUACAACCCAAGACUUACCAUCAGCUAUACUGUGGAGGCGGAUGGAGAUCGCAGGAAACAGGGGCUUCCCUCCAGAGUGAUGUUCCUGAACAAAUCCCUCACAGAAACAGACCACCACUUUAAUGGCACGUUGGACCUCCGUGGCCAAAAACAGGAAACGUGUACAAAGAUUGUGGCCAAACUGAAGGACAACAUUAAGGACAAAAUGAGAAGCAUUCCCAUUGAGAUGUCUGCAGAAAUUGUCGGCACCAAGAGAAGACAGACAAGGAACGGCCUCCCUCCGCUCAUGCCCAUUUUAGACUCCUCCCAGUCGAGUAAAGACAUCAAACAGGUAAACUUUGUAAAAGAGGGCUGUGGGGGGGAUCAUAUCUGCAGGAGUAAUCUGAAGAUGGAGUACAAAUUAUUCUACAAACAAAACAACCUUGACAGUUACUCCGAAUUACCCGUGAAGAACAACGUCCCUGUGUUUCAUCUGAAUUACGAGAGGAAGGACUUGGCUGUGCAGGUGACGGUCAACAACAUGAACGGCGAUGAUGCUUAUGAGGCAAAGCUUGUGGGGACUUUCCCGGAGUCGCUGUCAUAUUCUGGAGUUCGCUCACCUCAAACAAUGAUAGAAAAGCCAGUCAUCUGCACGGCCAAUCAGAAUGGCUCUCAAGCAGACUGCGAGCUGGGGAACCCUUUCAAGAGAGACUCCAGGACAACAUUUUACAUCAUCCUGAGCACUGUAGGCAUGACUCUGGACACCACAGAGGUUAAUGUUGAUCUUCAUCUGCAGACGACAAGUGUGCAAGAAAAUAUUGCUUCUGUCAAAGUAAAGGCCAAAGUAGUAAUUGAACUGCCCUUGUCCGUCAGUGGGGAGGCCAGCCCUAAUCAGGUUUCAUUUGGAGGAGUAGUGAAAGGUGAAAGUGCCAUGAAGACAGAAGAAGAGAUUGGAAGUUUGAUUGACUACAAGUUCAGAAUAAAUAACUUGUGGAAGACUUUGACCUCUUCCGUCAAAGCCUCACUUCACAUUAAAUGGCCCAAAUACAACAAAGAUGGGAAGUGGCUUCUUUACCUGGUGAGGAUCACUUCUACAGGACCACAGGAGGUCCUGUGCUCUCCACAGUCUGAAAUCAGCUCUCUCAAACACAUCAAGGAGUCAUCAGAUUCCAGGACAAAGCGGGAAAUUGGAGAGAGGAAGCCUGUCGCCAAAAUGUCUCCUCUGUCCGGCAAAAGUACAAUUUUGACAUGUGAUGGUGAUAUCAAAUGUGUGGUGCUCAAGUGCCCCCUUCAGGGCUUGGACGGUACUGCAGUCGAACUGAGAUCUCGUCUCUGGAACUCUACCUUCAUCGAGGAUUAUGCCUCUCUUUCACACUUGCGAAUCACUGUGAAGGCCUCUCUUGUCCUCCACACUCAGGCUAAAAACAUGAUCCUGACAACUCCUGACACUGAAGUGACAGUGACAGUGUCUCCAGACAGUGAAGUAGCGCAGCUCAGUGGAGUUCCCUGGUGGAUCAUACUGGUGGCUGUUCUUGCUGGAGUGCUGAUCUUGGCUUUGUUGGUGUUUCUGCUGUGGAAGUGCGGUUUCUUCAAGAGAGCAUCAAAAGACGAGUUUGAUGCUGCGUAUCACAAGGCAGAGAUCCAUGUUCAGCCUUCUGACAAAGACAAACUCUCUGCUGAGGCCUGAUUUAUCCUCUGAACAGGGUGUGGAUUCUUCAAACGCUCUAAACAAGAGGACAGCGUUCCUCGUUAUCACGCCGUGCGGAUCAAAAAGGAAACUCCUGAGCGUAAAGAUGGAGACGUGAAAAUGGAUCCUUUUGAUAAAAAACAGUGGAUGACAUCUUGGACUGAAAAUGAAAGUUACUCAUGACUUGACUCGCUUUUCUUAGACUGAGACACAAAAGAGAGGAAGAACUGUUUUUGUUUCAAACUUCAUUGAUUUAGUGAACAUGACUGUGAUCUCAGGAAUUAGUCAGGUUCCUGUUUUUUUUUUUUUACACUGUAUAGAUGACGCAAUGUUUUUGUAAGUUUUGUAUAUAUUGAAACACUUUUGCACACUGUAUAUUUAUUUUUUUGUAUAAAUUAAUGUCAUGCAGCCAAAGAUUUUUUUUCCAAUCUUAUGUCUGACUUAAAACGGAUCAACAAAGGGUGACGUUUACUUUAGUGUUUCUCAGCUGUACUCUGGAAAUAAAACCCCGGCAUCUAUGCAAGGAAGGUACAGCUAACUCGGAGUAACAUGAAUGUAAAUUAAUUUUAUUAAUGGCUGUUUUAAUGUGUCUUGUUUCAAUACUAUCCGGCUUCUGUCCUCUUUGGAACAACAUUUAGGUACAUCAUCAUUUCACCAUGAUUACAGCUGUGCAGAUAUCACUGCUGAAACUGGAUUUUUUUUUCCUAUGACGCUGCACUGUAGUGGCACUUGGGUAGCAUCCACUGUACUGUAGGUCAUCACUGAAAUAACUUUGCUCUGUGUGAGGGAUCCAAAGGGAUGUGAAAAGCCACAAUAACAUAUGUUUAAAGUGAAUGUCUUGUUGAAUUGUCGGAUGUAUUAAAGCUUUAUAUAAGAAAAAAGAUCCUUAUGUAUUAGUAUGUAUGAGCCUGUAGCUAUCUGCACCGGUUUCCUGUAUACAAACAAUGCCUGCUGAAACACCUGAGGAUGAUGCCACUUUUACUAAACUGAAACCAAACUCUUAUAAUACCAAAGCAGGUCUCACGCCUACAGAUUCAGUAUUUGUAUGCAGAAUCUUCAGGCGUGAAUACACCAGUCUAUUCCCCAAUGGAUACCAUCAUUUAUCAACACAAAUAAUCGCUUGUCUCGCCAUAAAUCAGUUCUUUGCAACUCCAGUGACAAAGAACAUUAGCUAACGCAGCAAGUUGUGCCAUUCUGCCAAUGAUUUAUUCCUCACAGCUGUUCAAUAUUUACCUUUUAUCCCACAGGUCAGAACUUGAACAAUACUGUGCAAAAGGUUGUUCCAAAUUGCAACUGCAAAUAACCUUUAUUUUGAAGGACCCAAAGCAGGAUGCACAGAGCCACACAUGCACACCACUCAGUCAGAGUGAUGCAGCUAGUCGGAGGAGACGUCUCCUAUUCCCUCCCUAUCCUUUAUUCUAUAGUCUUGUGCAUGCAUAAGAGUAAACCACAUUCCCAUUCUCAUAUUCAAUGUAAAAGAAAAUAAAAGGAGUGGAAACCUAAA